CCCUCCGCUAAAUUUUUUCCUCGACUGUACUCUCGACGGAUCCUCAAAGUUCCACUCCAUCAAGACGUUACGUGACAUGCACACAGAUUACGGUUGCAUAAUCCGACGAUUAUAAUAUCCGACUCGCAGAUAUAUGUCUAGAUUAAUUAAAUCCGAAUACCUCCGUAUGGGGUUUGCUUCGCGGAUUAUAUAUAAAGAGAGAAACGAUCACUCAGUCAACUGCACACCCUACGUCAUCUGAACCCCGUCAACAUGUUCAAGCUGAUAGUUCUCUUCGCAUUCCUGGCAGUUGUGAUGGCGCAAGAUCCUCCGGGACAGCGGAAACCGCCAGCACAGCCGUUGGCAAGAAGGGUUGCUCGUCAAGCAGGACCCCCAAUGCCGCCAAUGCCGCCGAUGCCAGGUGGUUCAGGCCAGGUUCCACCAAGUUCCGGAAGCUCUGAUGUGACGAAGCUGGUUGACCCGUCGACUUGGAUAAAUAAAGGAAAAGAAAUGAUGUCCCAGGUGGGCAGCGGAAGACGUCGCAGAAACGUUUAGGUAGGUGGUUGCAAAUUACAAGCCUUUUAUUGUAGCAAGUGGUAAAAUUAAUUCACAAUCUAGGAGGAUCGAGGAGGUUCUUUGUCGAAAAAUCGACACUUUUUUUAAACAAUUUUCUUGCGAGGU